AAUCACACUACUUGCCUUUGUACAAGAAACGGUGUCUCCUGGGGCAAGGAAGGAGCCAGCAUGGCCUGGGCUCUGAAGCUGCCUCUGGCCGAUGAAGUGAUUGAAUCUGGGCUGGUGCAGGACUUUGAUGCUAGUCUGUCCGGGAUCGGCCAGGAACUGGGUGCUGGUGCCUAUAGCAUGAGUGAUGUCCUUGCAUUGCCUAUUUUUAAGCAAGAAGAGUCAAGUUUGCCCCCUGAUAAUGAGAAUAAAAUCCUGCCUUUUCAAUAUGUGCUCUGUGCCGCCACCUCUCCAGCAGUGAAACUCCAUGAUGAAACCCUGACGUAUCUCAAUCAAGGACAGUCUUAUGAAAUUCGUAUGCUAGACAAUAGGAAACUUGGAGAACUUCCAGAAAUUAAUGGCAAGUUGGUGAAGAGUAUAUUCCGUGUAGUGUUCCAUGACCGACGGCUACAGUAUACUGAACAUCAGCAGCUGGAGGGCUGGAGGUGGAACCGACCUGGAGAUAGAAUUCUUGACAUUGAUAUCCCAAUGUCUGUUGGUAUAAUCGAUCCUAGAGCUAAUCCAACCCAACUGAAUACAGUGGAGUUCCUGUGGGACCCGGCAAAGAGGACAUCUGUGUUUAUUCAGGUACACUGCAUUAGCACAGAGUUCACUAUGAGGAAGCAUGGAGGAGAAAAGGGAGUGCCGUUCCGAGUACAAAUUGAUACCUUCAAGGAAAAUGAAAAUGGGGAAUAUACUGAGCACUUACACUCAGCCAGCUGCCAGAUCAAAGUCUUCAAGCCCAAAGGUGCAGACAGAAAGCAAAAAACAGAUCGGGAGAAAAUGGAGAAACGAACACCUCACGAAAAGGAGAAAUACCAGCCUUCCUAUGAGACAACUAUACUCACAGAGUGUUCUCCAUGGCCUGAGAUCACAUAUGUCAAUAAUUCCCCAUCACCUGGCUUCAACAGUUCUCAUAGCAGUUUUUCUCUUGGGGAAGGAAAUGGUUCACCAAACCACCAGCCAGAGCCACCCCCUCCAGUCACAGAUGUAAGUCUAAAGUUAAAUAACCUCUUGCCAACAACCACACCUCAGGAAGCUCAGCAGUGGUUGCAUCGAAAUCGUUUUUCUACGUUCACAAGGCUUUUUACAAACUUCUCAGGGGCAGAUUUAUUGAAACUAACUAGAGAUGAUGUGAUCCAAAUCUGUGGCCCUGCCGAUGGAAUCCGACUUUUUAAUGCAUUAAAAGGCCGGAUGGUGCGGCCCAGGCUAACCAUUUAUGUUUGUCAGGAGUCCUUGCACUUGAGGGAGCAGCAGCAGCAGCAGCAGAAGCGUGAGGAUGGAGACUCAAAUGGUACUUUCUUCGUGUACCACGCCAUCUAUCUAGAAGAACUGACAGCUGUUGAACUGACAGAAAAAAUUGCUCAGCUCUUCAGCAUUUCCCCUCGCCAGAUCAGCCAGAUCUACAAGCAGGGGCCAACAGGAAUCCAUGUGCUCAUUAGCGAUGAGAUGAUACAGAACUUUCAAGAAGAAGCCUGUUUUAUUCUGGACACAAUGAAAGCAGAAACCAGUGACAGCUAUCAUAUCAUACUGAAGUAGGUGCCGGGCAUUCCAUCUUCAGUGGCCGCUGCCUCCUUCACCCCUUGGAAGCUUCCCUCUCAAAGGGAGUCGCUCACUAAUGGAGAUUGGAAGGUCUGCAGGAACCUGACCCAUCUGACUGUGUGUGGGGGAGUCCAGGCCAUGGAGGCAGAAUCCCAGCCAUCUGUUGGCCCAAGCUCUUGUGGCACACACAGAUUAUUGCCCAACAUGCAUUUCUGCAGCUGUGGUUUCUUAGUUAAAAUUUAUGGACCCUGUUGUCGUUGAGUAUCAUUAGAAACUCCACACCAUUUAGGGUGUUUGUAGGGUAUAAUGAUGAUGAGAAUUGUGUGAUGUUUCAUGGAAAGAUGUUAAAGUUUGUGAUAUGGAGCCAUGUAAUUUUUUUCUAAUAUAAAAAUGAACAUCUGUAUUCCUAAGACUAGAUCCUCAGUCUCUUUUGCAUCAUACAUACUGGAUUUUGCCACAGUCGGCCCCUGAAAACCUCACCAAAGAGGAGAAAUACAGAGAGGUAGAAUAGAAUUUUUCUUUUGGUCGCCCUGUAAUACCAAGACUAAUCGUAAUUUUAGCUAACAUUUACUGAGCAUUUACUUGUGCCUCAUAGUGUGAUAAAUUCUUUAAGUGGAUUACCUUGUUUAACUCCUCUUUAAUAAUCCUCUAUGAAGUAGGUAAUAAUGAUCCCUAAUGAAGGUGAGGACAUGGAGACACAGAGUGGCUAAGGAGCUUGCUGGGCGACAGGCAGCUAGAAAGCAGUGUUGCUGAAACCCAAACCUGGGCAAUCUGGCUCAUUUUAACCGCCAGCCACAAUGCCGCCCUUGCAAUACCCUGUGCUUGCUGCCGUCUCUGACCGUGGCUCUGCCAGCGGAUAGGACGCAACACCACGUGACAACUGAGGAAGCAACCACUGUCAGGAACAAACCACACCUAAAUAAUGACGAACGAAUCAAGAGCUACAGAAACCGAGAACAUACGUGCUUUUGAAGCAUCAUCAGUUAUCAGAUUCACAGACUGAAGUGGUGAAAAUGAGGGGUCAUCUGGAACUCCCCAAAUUCACUGUUCUUGAAUGAGCUUCUCAAACUAUUUAUUCAUGAGUUUGGCUAGCCCCUGCUUUCUCUUUCCCCUCUCUGCGUCUUUCCUUGGUAGAGGAAGUUCUUUUACUCAUGUAGUGUUCUUUUAUAUAAGCUUCAUGAGAAAUUCAUUCCUAGCCCAGUCACACUCUUCCCAUUUAUUUUAGUUCUUCAAGGGUGUGUGUGUCUGUGCGUGUGUGUGCGUGCGUGUGCAAACGUGUAAGACUAUGGGUUGUCUUUUUUCACAUGUAGAGUUUUAUCCAGAAAUCCCUUUACACAUUAUGUUGAGGUGAAAAAAGAUAAUGUUCAAAGAUUCUGUAAUGGAUUUGGAGCUGUGCGUGUGUGUUUUUAAAGCAUUUGAUAAAGUUUAAAUGUUUUUAUACAGAGAAUUUUGUUCAUUAAAAUCAACCCACAACA